CCUCCCCCUCUUGCUUCAUAUCACUUCUCAUCACAAAGUCUUCUCAUCUCUUCAUCUUCUCGUCAAACAUAAUGGCAGGACUCAGUAGCUCUCUCUUUGUUCUUUCUCUCCUUUGCGUUCUCCCUCUUUACCUCUGCCAACAGAGCUACGGAGGCAAACUAAACCCUGGUUACUACGCACAUUCAUGCCCGCAAGCCGGAGAGAUCGUGAGAUCAGUUGUAGCUCAAGCUGUUGCUAGAGAAACCCGUAUGGCCGCUUCAUUGAUGAGACUUCAUUUCCACGACUGCUUCGUUCAGGGUUGUGAUGGCUCUUUGCUUCUAGAUAGCAGUGGGAGGAUAGUGAGUGAGAAAAGCUCCAACCCUAACAGCAAAUCAGCUCGUGGAUUCGAAGUAGUUGACCGGAUCAAAGCUCAACUUGAGAAACAAUGCCCUGGAACUGUCUCUUGUGCUGAUAUUCUAACCCUAGCUGCUAGAGACUCCUCUGUUCUUACUGGUGGACCAAGCUGGAUGGUCCCAUUGGGAAGAAGAGAUUCAAGAAGUGCAAGCUUGAGCGGUUCGAACAACAACAUCCCUGCACCAAACAACACGUUCCAGACCAUCCUCAGCAAGUUUAAUCGUCAAGGACUUGAUGUCACCGACCUUGUCGCUCUCUCCGGGAGUCACACUAUUGGAUUCUCGAGAUGCACAAGUUUCAGACAGAGGCUAUACAACCAGUCCGGAAACGGUCGUCCAGACAUGACAUUGGAACAAUCAUUCGCUGCUAACUUGCGUCAAAGGUGUCCAAGAUCCGGAGGGGACCAGAUUCUCUCGGUGCUGGACAAGGUCAGCCCGGCGAAGUUCGACAACAGCUACUUCAAGAACUUGAUGGAGAACAUGGGGUUGUUGAACUCGGACCAGGUUCUGUUCAGCAGCAAUGAUAAAUCGAGAGAUCUUGUAAAGAAGUAUGCAGAGGAUCAAGGAGAGUUUUUCGAGCAGUUUGCCGAGUCGAUGAUCAAGAUGGGAAACAUCUCUCCCUUGACCGGUUCGAGUGGUGAAAUCAGGAAGAAUUGCAGGAAGAUAAACUCUUGAAUUCAUGAUAUGAGUAAAAUGUUUUUGAGGGGAAGAAAAUGUGUGACACUUGUUUACUUUGUGUGUUUUUUUUUCAUGUCAUUUGAAGUUUCUGAGGUGUGUUAUUUUGAUUUUGUGUUAAGAUAAGAAAAAAGAUUAUUAGGGAAUAUUUUAAAAUA